GCGCGAAAUUUAGUUAUGGCGGCAUCAGGAGACGAUUUAGAGGAUGAAGAAUACGAAGCCCUGGCUUAUCAACAGCGUUUAAAAGCUGCCCUGCACUACACCGUAGGCCGUAUUUGUGAAAAAGCAGGUGAGGAUUCAGGGUUACAAUAUUCCAGAAGAUUCAUUGCUGCCCUAACAGAGACGACUUUCAAGCAAUGUGAAUCUUUUGCAACAGAUCUUGAACUAUUUGCAAAACAUGGAAAAAGAAGCCAAAUUAACUCUGAUGAUGUGCAGCUGCUUGCCAGAAAAAGUUCUACUUUGGCUGCACAUAUGGAAGGGAUGAGCAAAGAACUGGCAGAAGCACAUGAAGCUAAUAAGGCUUAUAAGAAAACUAGAAAAGUAAAGAAGACUAAACCAGCCCAGGAGUGCAAUGAAGCUCUUGAAAUCGAAGAUAAUCAAUGAUAUAGCAUGGGAAUAUCUUUGAAGAAGACUUUGGAGUCAUGCUGUAAAGAAUUUGAACAGCUGCUUAUAAAUAUAUUAAAUGAAGACUUUGAACAAAGAGCCAAGAGAGUUUUAAAUGAUUGUUGCUCAUGGGGACACUAUAAAUAACACAAUAGUCUGUGAGAUUGGAAAGUACAUUAUUUAACUCCCUGUUAAAAGGAAAAACCAUCCUUACCACUUUGAAUCACUAAAAGUUUUGUUAUGGGAUAUAAUGUUGCUGAUUGUCAUAAGUAUUUAAGAGACACUUCAUGACACAUC